GCCUAGCCUACGCUGUAGAGAGGUAGAGACUAUGGAGAUACAUCGAUUAUUUUCUCACAACCGAAUUAAUCAGACAGGCAAGAAGGCAAUAAACUUUUGAGAGGGGGCGUUCCUCGCAUCCGUCCGUUUCCCCCCUCGUUCACCUCUUAUCGCCUUUACUUGUUCGCAGAGAGGGCGAAAGGUGGUUUCUCGGCAGUGGCGAUACUCUCAUUAAUUGGAAAUAAAACGCGCACACACACGGAGCCCCGCGCGGAGGCAGCAGAAGGUGUAUUUGCGCGCUCCAUCUUGCCCCCGCUUUUCUCAUCGGCGUCUUGGGAGUUGAUGAAGGAUUUUAUGAGCAUUCCAGCUGUGUGGUACUCAGCGCGACGCAUUUAUUCUUGGGCUCUGUUUUUCUCUCUUUUGGUGUGAAAUCUUCCAUUAAAAUUCGCUAACCCCGCGGUUCGCAUGAAAUGGUUCAGUCCAGCUGCAGAAGCCGAGUCUCGAUGCAUUGGGAUUUUUCUCAGCCCCGACACGAAGUGAAUCUUCCAUUUAAUACCAUCUGAUAACGUGCCUGCCAAAAUAUCCUGCCAUGUGCUCGGCUUUGAAUUCUGACGGAACGGGACUUGUACGGACCGAGUACCGAUGUAGACACAGCGGAGCGAGAAGACCGGACGGAGUGCGGAUUUUUGCGCUAAUGAAGGUGGGAUCACAGGCGCAUUAUUGGAGCCGGGUUCUGUUCUUGUACAUGGGGCUACUGGCUGCUACGGUUAAGGCUCAGAACUGCAGCUACACGCUCAACAGCCCCAAUGGGACGAUGGAGAGCCCGGGCUACCCGUACGGAUACCCCAACUACGCCAACUGCACGUGGGUGCUGGUGGCGCCAGAGCACAACCGCAUCCAGCUGGUGUUCCAGGGCUUCGCGCUGGAGGAGGACUUCGACAUCCUCUCCGUGUACGAUGGGCCGCCCAGUCCAGGAAACCUACGCACACGGUAA